AAAAAAUGACACACACGCCAUAAUGUAAAUUGCUUCUCGAUUUGGCGUUUACGUUAAAAAAAUUACAUUUUGAUGUUAAAAAUUCCUUUAUAAUGUAUAAAUAAGACAUUUAAAAUGUCCUUAGUAAUUAUUGGCUAAGCAUUUGCAAUGGCUCAAUAUUACCAAAUAGUUGGACAAGGACAGUCAUUGACUCUUGAAGAUCUACAAAGAUAUUGUCCAAACUUAUGCUUGGACAGAAUAAUAGUCAAUCAAGAUGAACAACAGUAUGCACAACAACAGGUUGUGGUACAGCAAGCAGACCAGCCUAAUGAUAUUAUAGUAAGUGAAGGUGUUCAGUCUCAGCUGGUUGUGAGUGAUGGCUUGCAAUAUCAGCCCCAGUACAUUAUUCGACAUGAACCCCCUCCCCCUCCACCACCGACACGUGCCGACUUUCAACAACAACAACAGCAGCAGCAGCAACAACAACAACAGCAACAACAGCAGCAGCAGCAACAACAGCAACAGCAGCAGGCAUUACACAGGCACCAAGUUUACUACACAUCCGAUUUACCUGUGGAUGCUCAGGUUGUGUUACAACAGGCUCAACAGAUCAUUGAUGCAUCUUUGAUGCAACAGUCAUCUCCACAGCGACCACAACAUCAGCUCGUCAGUCCGGCGCACGUGCUCUCGCAACCAACUGUGAUACAUCCCGCGCAGCAGCCGCCGCCGCAGCCCCCGCCCCCGCCGCCGCCGCCGCAACAUGCCCCCCAACAGACGCCCCCGCAACAACAGCAACAGUUGUCGCGAGCGUCACCCCAACUCAUACAGCACUUCCAACAACAACAUCAACAACAGAUUCACCUGCAGCAGCUACAGCAACAACAGCAACAGUUGCAGCACCAGCACCAGUUGCAACAACAACAGCAGCAGCAGCAACAACACCAACAACACUUGCAAUCACAACAAAUCUCUCACCAGCAGGUUGUUAUGCAUGCAGCAUACAUAAAUCAAGCUGGUGGCGGUGGUCGGCCAAGUGCUCCGCGGCUGUUGAACCCGACGCUGGGCGGCGCGGGCGUGACGCUGGUGCGGGCGCCCGUGCGGCCCGUGCGGCCGCGUCGCCCCGCGCAGCGAGCAGCGCCCGCGCCGCAUGCCCAGCGGAUGCUCAACUCUAUGCAGCCCCAGGGUCAGGCCGUCCCCCCGGGCGGCGUGGCGCGGGCGGCGUCGCCGCGGGUGCUCAACCCGCAGGCGCAGCACGCGCAGCACCGCCCGCCGCGGCCCAGGACUCCGCUACACCACACACUACAGCAACACCAACACGCCCAACAGCAUCAGCAGCAUCAACUCGCACAGCAUGUCUUAGGACAGCAAGUUCAUCCACAACAACUCAACCAACUCAAGAUCUCCACUCAUCAACUCCUCAAUCAACAGAACCAGGCUCACUCACAGACAACUCGAAUAAUAACACCGCAAGGGACAAUAGUAACGCAGAACUUACCUUCACAAAUGGCCCAACAUACGGUAGUUCCGACAAAUCAGAACAAUGGACCUCUACCUCAACAGAACGCCCUCACUACCAUUCCGCAAAGAUCUUCACCCCAUCCACAACAAGUUCAACAAGUGCAGCAAGUUAAGAAGGUGGUAGUUCAACCGAACAAUGCUAGCGAUAUGGAUGAUCUCGAAGAGAGUAUUACAGCCGCGAUACUCACUAAACACUCUGUGAAUGACAACAUGAACCCGUCGCCGCAGCAGUUCCACACGCCGCCGCCGGCGAUGCGGCCGAACCACGUGGCCGGGACCGUGCAGCAGCAGCUCACCUUCAACUCGCCGCAUGCCUUCCAGCCGCAGCAGUUGUCGUACGAGCAGCCCCAUGUACAGCAACACCCGCAAACCCUCACACAGCUGCUGAUGGAACCAGACAUGGAGGAAGAACGACAAGUAUUAACCCUAACCAACGGCCAGAGGAUAACUCUCGCCGACUACAAGCGACUGCAGCAGCCGCUACGCACGCCUCUACAACAACAACAGCAAGCACGGGAUGCCGGUAGACAGACCGUGGUACGUAGUAAAGAGCAGCAGCGGCCUGUGCAAAGAGUUCCGCCGAUGCAGGCGCAACAACUCAAUCUGACAAUAGCUCCACAAGAAAACAACGAAAACAUGUCGGGUCCCUCGGAGCUAAUGUCAGAAACAGUGUCUGCAAAAAUGUUAAUAUUCCUCCAAAGUGGUGAACAGAGAUUAAUCACUUUCACAGUGCCAAAAGAAAGCUGCACACUUCAAGAAGUGCUUGAACAGCUUUUGUUUCAGAUUAACAUUCCUUUUUCGGCGGAUACUCACAUACAAUGUAUGCAAAACACAAGUAGUGAAAUUGACUAUUUUGUGUCAGUGGGCUCAACAACUAGAAUUGAAGAAAUGUUAGAAAAUCACCCGAUUUUAAUAGGAGGAGAUAUGAGUAGUAGAAAUUCCCCCAAUACGUCCCAACCUCAAAAUAGUGAAAUGUCUACACCUGAAAAAUCCCAGUGUCCAGAUAAUGUGAACAACAGUCCAGAAUCUCCAGGGCCGCGGUCGCCGCCGCCGCGGUUGGUAGACGGCAUGCUAGCUGUUUGUAAAUCAUGUGGAUACACUGGAUACGACUUCAGUCGCUGUGAACGGUGUAAACGCGUAUUCACUGAGGAGCCUAAAGGUGUACCAAGCAAAAAAGUAGAUCAAAAGAAAAAAGAACCAGAGAAAACAAUUUCGGUUUUGGAAAAACAAAGUACAUGUGGGGAAGGAAUUAAGUUAAAUUUAUUAAAGACUACAAUGAAGACGCUAAAUAAUAAAACUCCUGCACAAGAGAAAAAGCCGCCUAGAGUUAGAAAGCCUCGUGGCAAGCAGCCGGAUCCAGAGCCCGUCAUAUUAACUCUAAGUUCGGAUGAAGAGGAUUCAAAUAGUUCCAUGAUGAGUCUGCAUGAACAAUCAAUAAGUAUGAAGGAACCAUCACUCAGUGAAAUAGAAGGGGGGACUCCAGAUAGCGGCAUUGGAAUAGACCACAUGGAUGAUGGCAGCAGAGAAGAAAUCAGCCAGAGUUGCAUACAAGUCACAUCACUCAACUGUCGGACCAUUCGCAUUGGUUCCUACAGAUACACCCCAAAAGAAAAGGUUUACAUAUCAUCAAAGGGCAUAAAAAUUGUUGCACCUUCACUCAAAAAUGAAUCACGAGAUGUGGCUUUACAAAUACAAUUGAAAGAAGUUGUUAGAAUAUUGGUACACUUUGGUAAAGGUUUACCUGUGAUUUUUUUAUACACCAUGAGCAAAUGUGGUAACUAUAUUCGGAAAGUAUUGGAUAUGACGGAAGAGUCAGGUCCUUUUUAUAAUCCAAUGUCCAAGAUUGAUCCUUUCAAAAGGAUAACAUUGCUACCAGAAACAAUAUCAGAUGAAGCUAAAAUUAUACUUAAAGUUUUAUUUGGGAAAGUAAUGGAUGAAUUGACUGCUCGAGAAGCCAAUGAUAUAUUAGUGAGAACCUGUCCUAAAGAAAGCAAUAAUGUAACGAAAAUGACAACAAGAAGUGCUUCCAUUUCUUCUGGAGCUAAGAGUUCCAAUCCUGCUGAGAUAAGGCAAAUUCUAAUUUAUCCACCUGGGAAAGGUGGUAUACCUAUUAAUACUGAAGACUACAUGUGCCUAGCCCAAGAUCAGUUUUUAAAUGAUGUCAUCAUAGAUUUUUAUUUGAAACAUUUAGUUCAUGAUGUUUUAACACACAGUCAGAGAGAAAAGACUCAUAUUUUUAGCACAUUUUUCUACAAAAGGCUUACUACUAAACCAAGUAAAGUGAACAGAAGUUCGAAUCCUCAUGAAUGGGACAGUAAUUUAACUCCGGCGCAAAAGCGUCAUGCGAGAGUCAAGACAUGGACAAAAAAUGUGAACAUUUUCGACAAAGAUUUUAUUGUAGUUCCUAUUAAUGAAAAUUGUCACUGGUUUGUUGCUAUUAUCUGCUACCCAAGCUUAGAUGGAUGCCGGAGUACUAUAGAUAACCGCCUUGUUACCCCACAAGAGAUUAGAAAAAAAGAACGUAGAUCUUCUAUGCAGAUAGGAAACACGACAAUCACACCACUCAACAAGCAGGAACAACUUACAUUAAGUUGUGACUCGGACAAUCUUAGUGAGCGUGAUGAGGCUGAAGCUGAGGAAAGUGAUUUGGACAUGCAAUGUGAUUCUGAUGAAGAUGAAACUGACAAAAGUCCUAUUGAAAAGAAAAUUGAAAUUCAACCACACAGAAAAAGUGAACCUAUAAAACAAUCAGCCUUGGAAACAUCUGUAUACCAACAUGGGAAAGAUUCUAUUAUUAGACCAUGCAUAUUAAUAUUUGAUUCGUUAGCUGGGGCAUCACGAUCUAGAGUGGUUGCCACAUUAAGAGAUUAUCUCACUUGUGAAUAUCAAGCUAAAGUCUCCCAAAAUAAAAUUUUCAACAAGGAUAAUAUUAAAGGUAGUUGCCCUAAAAUACCACAGCAAAAUAAUUUUACUGACUGUGGAUUGUAUUUGCUGCAGUAUGUUGAGCAAUUCUUUAAGGAUCCUAUAUUAGACUACACUUUGCCUAUAAAACAACUAGCCAGUUGGUUCGACGAAAUAGUCGUGACUAGAAAACGUGAAGAGAUCUCCAUUUUAUUGAAAUCAUUGAUGAACAAAUAUAACCCAGACUCGCAUUUGACUUUGCCUGAUAUUACAUUCCCUACUUUAAAUGGUAAAUUGAUUGAAACUGAAGACCAAAAAGAAGAUGGAUCUGAAAGUGAUAAAGGCAAUUCAAGCAAAUUACUAAAAUCCGAUGGCAAGGACAAUGAAACAGCAACCCUCACAUUUGUCAAACAAAUGCCUACUGGUGACAUAGUGGUGAAGCGAAACUAUGCAGACUCUUCUGAUACUAUACAUUUGCGGAAAGCUAUAAGAGUUUCAAGUGAUGCAGAAAAUAGAUCUAUGGUCUUAAAGUCGGAAUUUAUCAAGAAAGGUGAUAGCGAAAAUCAAAUUUUGAUUCCUAUUAAGUUACACACAAGUGACUUGGUUAAAGACAUUCAAAAUACUUUAAUAGUUAAUAAGAAUAAUAAAACAUUGGGUGAUAAAAAGCAUGGUGUACAUAAUCAGAACGUAUCCAAUAUGAAUUGUAUUCGGCAAAACAUUGGUGAAAGUGACAGUCACUCAUUCCUGAAGUCGAGAAGGGUAAACAAACUCGAUGAUGUGAUGAAUGAAACGAGUAAAAAAUUCAAAAAGAAUGAAUGUUGAAACUUGUUGCCUGUCCAUUUACCAUGUCUAUUAAAUUAUUAUUCAUUUAAUAAAUUGUAUAGUUGUUUUAUGGAGUUGUAAAUAUUUAGCAAUUAAACCAUUAACAAUAUGUAUUUAAUACUAACUAUUUUAUAAAAAUAAAAUGUAAAGAUUUAAAAUUUUACUUGUGUAUCAUAUUAGCUUAAAAUAAAAAAUAAGAAAAUUUAA